AUGCCUUCAUCACCGCCAUCAUCAUCAUCAUCAAUCAAGACCCUCCAUGAUCCUCAGGGAUCGACCUGGCUCAAUCAAGCUUCCAUGGUGUGGGAUCCUUCCAUGAUUGACUCAAAUAGUUGCUAUUGGGAUGAUCAGUGGUUAUCAAUCCUACGAGCUACUCCUACUCCUACUCGAGCACCUCUUGAGAAUGACGAUGAUUCCACGACUGACAAAAAUCAUGACCAUGGCAGUCGAAGUAGGGACAAUAAUAAUAAGAGAAGCAAUAGCAACCAAACGUGGCAUGAGAAUCAUUACAUCUCUUAUCAGACUCUUUUUGCGACGGCUGCCUUGAUGGUUGUAGAACUUCGCAACGAGUUAACGGGCAGAUUCGAACAACAAGCUGGUGAUGACAAUCGAAGAAAACGUGGCAUGCCCGUGAUUGUGGCCAUUCCCGAGGGACCUCUCUUGCCAUUGGCCACCUUGGUCGUACAUGCCUUGAAUCAGCCUGUGGCAGGAACAGAGGCAUCGUGCUUUGCCAUUUUGGUGCCAUUGGAACCGUCCGAGGCGAAGAAACGAAACUUGCACAUUUUAAAGGACAUUACUCCGAGUAUGAUACUGGCUGUGCCCGGCCGGGAUUUUGACAAUCUGCGACUCAUGGUGGAUUCUUUGGCAACCAUUACUCCUGAGUUUGUCGACUUUUCCACUUUGUUGCGAUCCGUCACGCAGAACAUGGACGAGGCGCAAAACGUGAUUUUUCAUUCCGAGAUUUGUUUGGAUGCCAACUCUCACAUUGGAACUGUCAUUGCGGACCUUGCCAAUGAAUUGUCUCAUGAACUCCAGGGAGCACAAACCUCAGAGAAAGGGGGGCUACUGGUGGAUGAACCACGAGUAUCCCACAUUGUCUAUACGUCGGGUACCACUGGUAUUCCUAAAGGAUGCAUCUCAUCGAUUUCCUCUUUGGAACAAUACUUGAAAUCCAAAAACAAGGUUCAUGACAUCAACCAGUCUUCUACUGUCUUGUUGGCAAGUGCGUUAUCCUUUGACCCUUGUCUCUCUGACUGUUUGGCUACCUUCCAGGCAAGGGCAACUCUUGCCCUCGCUCCUCGGUCCACAUUAUUAUCUGACUUGCCCAACAUUUUGCAACAGUUGCAAGUCACACAUGUCUUGUGCACGCCGACCUUGUGGAGUCUCAUGGAUGGAAGGAGCCAUCGACCAGCAAUAACUGAUUUCCCAAAAUUACAAGUGGUGGCAUUGGGCGGAGAACCCAUUCCAGCACAGCUACAAAAUGCUUGGGGUCGACAAGGAUCGGAUUCAGCCGAGCCUUGUCGGUUGUUGGCUACCUACGGCGUCACGGAAGCUUGUGUGUAUCAGACAUGUGGAGAAGUCUUUGCGUCUUCCAAAAAGACGAAAGGUCAGUUCGUCGGCCAACCAUUGGAAGGCAUUGGGGUUCGAAUCUGUCAAGAAGGCGACCAAGACAAACUGAUCGACGUUGAAGCUAAUAGGCGUAUUGGUGAAAUUGUCUUGUAUGGGUCCCAGCUUGAUACGAUAUCUGGCUACCUGAAUCGACCCGACUUGAAUCGCAAGUUUCAAAUAGAUGGUACUACACAACACUACCGAACUGGUGAUCGAGGUACCUUUGAUGCAGUCACGAAUAGCUUGCAUGUCAGUGGCCGAAUCGUUGGCGAAGAGGGAAUGGUCAAGGUGAAUGGAGUUCGUGUCGAACUUGGAGAAAUCGAAAAUGCAUUGAUCGAUGUGGCAGUGAAUUCCAGUGAAGAAAAACCUGUGGUCUUGCACUGCAUGGCAAAAGUUGUGUCUGUGGUAUCGUCCACUGGGACUGAUGCUCCGUCGCCGGAUCGAAAGGAAAUCAGAGUUUACUGUGUGCUCAGUGAAGAUACGCGAAAGGAACUGAAUAUCAAAAACGAUGAAUCCUCCUCUGGGCUGAUUGUCAAUGGAGGACCAAUUCUAACCCUCCUUCGAUCGAGAUGUUUGGAAAACCUUAAGGCUGCCUGUAUUCCAAAGGCAUUUGUGAUUAUUCCACGAUUGCCCUUGUCGGCAACUGGGAAACGAAAUCGCGACGGACUUUUAAAGUUGGAUGCUUGUCGUCCUCUACAAUCCGCCGAAGAAGAGCCCGUGUUAUUGAAAGACUUUGGCAAGUCUGGAAAGAAAGUUGCCGAAGUUUUGACAGAAUUAUUGAAUCUCCAGCCAUCACAAGAGAGUAUGCUGACGACUAGAGGUACCUUUGCCAUGCUGGGCGGAGACUCGCUUACUGCAACCCUUGUUCUCCGUGCCCUGUAUGCAUAUCACCACAAUGUUCAAAACAACCGUAACCUUGGCGGAGAAUAUGGGAAACUUACUGGAGCAUUUGAUGUCCUAAGUCUGCUGGGAAGCGAGAAUUUGGGUGCCUAUGUCGAACUGUUGGAUAGCAAGAAGCUGUGUCAACCAAAAGGUGAGGAAGAAGAAUCAUCCCAAAGCUUGGAGGAGGAGCGAGAGCCUGAUGAUGACCAAGCCGAUGUCAGAAAGCCACAAGACGCAGAAGCAGUGAAGCAAAAGGUGUUGUACGACGCAUUGGUCCAAGCCAUCUCGCUUGGACAAUCGUCCAUUGCAAUGGGCCUGCUGAAUGUAGGUGCCUGUCCGAAUCACAACCUUCACUCUGGCAGGUUGGGAAAGGUAACGGACCGAUUGCAGCAGCGAGCAAUGUUCCGAUCGAGUCCCAUACACAUUGCCUGUCUAAAGGGGGAUGCCAGCGUUGUCAAAAAGUUGUUGGAGAAAGGAUCCAAGACCAAUUCGCCAGACGCAUCGGGUCGAUUUCCCAUUCACUUUGCAAGUAUGGGAAUCCAAACUACUGACGAAACGACGAGUGAAUCUGAGGCCGACGACAAGAAGCAGAGGUUGCUGUGCGUUCAAUAUUUGCUCGACGCAGGUGCACCAAUGACCAUGCGAGACGGAAACAAACAAUCCAUCUUACAUUGUGCAUCACGGUCUGGUCAUUGCGAAUUGCUAAAGUUUGUAAUGAGUACCUGGAAAGACAAGAAUCCGGGUAAAGUGACACCAAAACACUUUUUUAACUGGAAUGAUCGAUGGCUACGAACGGCGGUGCACUGGGCUGUUCUCAAUGGUAAAGUGGAAGCACUCCAAGUUCUUUUGGAAAUGGGAUCUAGUCCCAGUCCCUUCAAGCCCAAGCGCAAUAAUCGCUCUAGUGCAGCGGUCGAAAGUCCAAUGGACAUGUGUCAGCGGCUAUAUGAUAUUGAAGAUGGAGGAGUAGGAACCAAGAUUCACAGUUUGCUCUCAAGAAGCGACGAGCCAACAAUGAAAUAG